CACACCAACCAAAACAGCUCCAGCUGGAUAGACAAGAUACACACGCACACACACACACACACACACACACACACACCGUCCACAUCUCGCCCAGCUACCUUUCGAUUUUCUGUUCCACAAAGACAUCGGAAUCAGCCCCGCCAUCAUACACCCCGCCUUGCUGGUUGCUUCAUCUUCAGCUUCUUCUUCCUCACUCUCAUUCUCCAGCCUCAAGCUCUCGUCUCUCCUCCGCAGCACAAACAGCCAUGCCCAAGACACAGCCCAAUCUCUACGCCUUCCCAGGCACCGACGCCCUCGCGCAGGCCCUCCGCGCCUACGUGAUCCAGAGCCAAAACGCCGGCAUCGAGCGGCACGGCGUCUUCAAGGUGGCCGUCUCGGGCGGCUCGCUGCCCAAGACGCUGGCGCAGGCCCUGCUGGCGCCCUCGUCGGGCCCGGGCGACGUCGUCGACUUCACCAAGUGGGAAAUCUUCUUCGCCGACGAGCGCGCCGUGCCGCUGGACCACGAAGACUCCAACUACGCCCUCGUCAAGAAGGAGCUGCUCGACAAGCUGCCCGCCGACCAGCAGCCCGCCGCCGUGCACGCCAUCGACACGGCCCACCUCGAUGACGUCCAGGAGCUCGCCGACCAGUACGAGCAGACGCUCGUCGCCAGCUUCGCCUCGCGCGACUCGGUCCGCCUGCCCAUCUUCGACCUGCUGCUGCUCGGCUGCGGACCCGACGGACACACGUGCUCGCUCUUCCCCGGCCACGAGCUGCUGCGCGAGGCCGACGCCUGGGUCGCCCCCAUUGAGGACUCGCCCAAGCCGCCCCCCAAGCGCAUCACCCUGACGCUGCCCGUCGUCACCCACGCCGUCCGCGUCGCCUUCGUCGCCACCGGCUCCGGCAAGCGCGACAUCAUGAAGCGCAUCUUUGACGCCGGCGAGGGGCUGCCCUGCUCUCUUGUCAACGAGGCCGCGGGAGACCGGUGCAGCUGGUUCGUCGACGAGGCGGCCGUUGAGGGCGUUGCUUUCCCUCGGAGGGCAUACUUGUAA